ACAACUCACCGCAAGCGAGGUCAGCUGGAGAUGGGAAAGACGAUGGCUGGUGCUGCGACAAACUGGACUGAUUUGACUGGGCCUCGACUAGGUUGACUGAGUGCGCUAGAUGACGUCGCCGAUCAGCGCUGAGAACUCUUCCCAGUUUUGGCUGGAUCGAUAUGCGGAAGCUGGGGUUCGCGACCAGGGGUCCCCUGUGGCGAUUGGAUGUUCGAAUGUUCGGAGAUGCGGGACGAGUUGCGACUGGGAUUUCCUGAAUCUUGGGCACUGCUUGUGGUGUUUCUGCUGAGCGAAACCUGAACGGACGGAGGUGUGGAACAGUACGUGAUGUGGCGGUUACAGGGGAGUAAAGCUUGAAAGGCUCGAAGAGGCAGAGCUUUCGUGCUGAACAGUUGGUGCAAGUGCUUCAUGUUGCGGGCAGCUGCUCAACUGGCGAUGAAGUCGAAAAUGGCGGGGGUUGGAGUGUUUCGCAAUUCUGAGUGGCUGGUUGACCGGGCGGCGGCCGAGAGAGAUGCAAGUGGUCCAUGCGUCAUCGUGCCUGAGCUUCCGGCCCUUCGGAACCUCAACUUGCGAGCUGGCUUGAUUCAAACACUGGCUGGCAGAGAUUUUCGAAAUAUGGAACAGUAUAUGUGCCUGAUCGGUCGCAUGCUUGAAUCCCAACCAAUGAUCAUCCAUUGUUCUGGCCUGUCUAAAAUUCAAUAUCCUCGUUCAGCUUCAGCGGUCGCUGAGCACAUAGAGUCGCUACUCAGGGGGCCAUCGGUCUACCAUCCGACCAGGAUCAUCAUGAAUCAUGUCGUACAUCAAUACGGCAGUACAGGCAAUCAAGUUCACAUUCGACCGAGACCUCGAAGCAUCUUGGGUGUACAACCGGACGCUGGGUGUCAAUGGAUAAUCUCUCGUAUCUGGCACGAGCAGCACAGCUCUAUACUCAAGCACCGUGUCAUUCGUUUUCAAACCCAGCUUCUCCGGGGUUUCCAUGGGCUAUACCACUCCAGCAUCCAGUUUAAAAUCUAUCCAACCAAGUGACAAUGAAAACUACCCGAUUGGGCACCACUCUAUUCUUCUACUUGAUGGUCCCACUCUUAUUCAUGGUCUUCCCCUGGCUAGCUAGCUGGCUGGCUUCGCCCGUCGGGCGCGAGCUAGUUGAAGAUGAUUAUCUGCGACAAGGCCAGGAAGGGGUCGUCCCAAUUUUGGCACACUAUGGCCAAUGGGUAUUCACAAGAAUUGAGUA